AUGGCCUUCAUCUAUCACCCCGCCAUGGUGCUGCCCAGCACCUUCGUCACACCCAUCCUCCUCCUCCUCCUCCUCCUUUGCAGGCUGGGCCCCUACCUUGUUGCUGCCCACAGCCCCCCAGGGGUGGACUGUGUCCUGUUCAACGACGAGUACAUGACCUGCACCUGGGGGAGCAGAGAGACACUCGCAGCCAACUAUUCCCUCUACUACUGGUACGAGGACAGUUUGCCUGAGGUGGAGUGCCAGCAGUACCUGCAGGACCAGGGUAUUCGUGUUGGUUGCCACUUCAACGAGAGUGAGAUCAUUCAGUUCCGGCCCUUCCACGUCCUCCUCAAUGCCAGCCUCAACGGCAAGACCCUGCCAACUUCUAGGAAGACCAUGGAGCUGCAAAACCUGGUGAAACCAGAGGCGCCUGUGAACCUGACCGUCCGCAACAUGAGUGGCAACCAGCUAGAGCUGAGCUGGACCUCUCCGUACAGAAACGCUGAGUGCCUGGAGCACACUGUCAAGUACAAGAGCAACAAGGACACCAGAUGGACGGAGCAUCAUGUGAAAGGAGACAUCUUCUCCUUCCCCAGCGUGGACUAUGAGAAGUACUACACCUUCUAUGUGCGCAGCAAGAUCAACACCUUCUGUGGCAGCACCCAGCUCUGGAGCGAGUGGAGCAUCCCUGUGGUCUGGGGCAGCAACACUACCAGCAAAGGCAUGGCAGAGGAGCAGCCACACUGGUUCUGGAUCCACACAGUCUUGAUCCCCAUUGCCUCCUGCCUGCUUUUGUUGAUCCUCGUGGUGCUGCUGGUGCGAAUGGAAAGGGUCUGGGUCAUCCUGAUGCCCCAAAUCCCCAACCCCAGCAAGAAAUUUGAUGAGCUCUUCACCACCCAUAAUGGCAACUUCCAGGAAUGGGUUGGAGUCCCCAAAGACUUCGUGGAGAGCUUCAAACCCAACUACAGUGAGAACAUCUGCUAUGUGAGCGAGCUGUCCCCCAGAGACAGCUACGAGCCCUUCUGGGAGAGCAGCAAUGACUCACUGUCAGUGCUGCCUGGGGCCAUGGCUGCCCCCCGUGAGCACAGCCCCUACAACAGCAGCUACCUGGGAAUGUGA